AAUGAAAGAAGUGCUAUACAUCGAUGCAGCACAGAGAAUUUAUGAUCAAGUCAAGCACAAACAUCCAAAAAAUAAAAUUGUGCUCACUGGGCAUUCCAUGGGUGCUGCUAUAGUGUCAAUUCUAGGCCAUAAGAAUCAGGAAUAUGUUCUAGCAUUUGCAGCACCCUGUGAUCUACAGAUUGUGACCCCUUUAGAGCUUAAAAAAAUUGAGAAGCAAACGAUGAUUCAGAAUUUGUUUCAUAGAUUAGGCUCAAAUAUUAUACAUUUGGGCGAUUGCAGUGAUGCCAUCUAUAGAGGAGUGUGCAACGGAUCCAUCGAUGUUUGCAAAAUUGCUGGAUACAAUAUCAAGACCUGUUGUCAUAUGGGUAGAAAAUUUUGUCUGAAUAAAAAUACUGAAUUUUCACUUUUUGUGAAACUGGUCAAUACAAUGAAAAUGUCAAAAUGGGACAUCUAUGAAAUUCAUCAGGCGAAUUGCACACAGAAUGAAUGCAGAAAAGAUGAGCCUGCAAUAUUCCUCAAAUAA